AUGAGCCGCUUGUCCCUGUGUGCCGAGUGCAGCGCCGCCGCCAGACUCAGUCAUUCCAAGUAUGUGACGCUCAGGGCCUCCGAUGGUCCGGACGCUCAGGGCCUCCGAUGGUCCGGACGCUCAGGGCCUCUGAUGGUCCAGGCGGUCAGGGCCUCCGAUGGUCCGGACGCUCAGGGCCUCCGAUGGUCCGGACGCUCAGGGCCUCUGAUGGUCCAGGCGCUCAGGGCCUCCGAUGGUCCGGACGCUCAGGGCCUCCGAUGGUCCGGACGCUCAGGGCCUCUGAUGGUCCAGGCGCUGAGGCCUCUGAUGGUCCAGGCGCUGAGGGCCUCCGAAGGGCCGGACGCUCAGGGCCUCCGAAGGGCCGGACGCUCAGGGCCUCCGAUGGUCCAGAAGCGCAGGGCCUCCGAUGGGCCAGGCGCUCAGGGCCUCCCAUGGUCCAGACGCGCAGGGCCUCCGAUGGUCCAGACGCUCAGGGCCUCCGAUGGGCCAGACGCGCAGGGCCUCCGAUGGGCCAGGCGCUCAGGGCCUCCGAUGGGCCAGGCGCUCAGGGCCUCCGAUGGGCCAGGCGCUCAGGGCCUCCGAUGGGCCGGACGAUCAGGGCCUCCGAUGGUCCAGAAGCGCAGGGCCUCCGAUGGGCCAGGCGCUCAGGGCCUCCCAUGGUUCAGACGCGCAGGGCCUAGACGCUCAGGGCCUCCGAUGGGCCAGGCGCUGAGGGCCUCCGAUGGGCCAGGCGCUCAGGACCUCCGAUGGUCCAGAAGCGCAGGGCCUCCGAUGGGCCAGGCGCUCAGGCCCUCAGAUGGGCCAGGCGCUGAGGGCCUCCGAUGGUCCAGAAGCGCAGGGCCUCCGAUGGGCCAGGCGCUCAGGGCCUCCCAUGGUUCAGACGCGCAGGGCCUCCGAUGGUCCAGACGCUCAGGGCCUCCGAUGGGCCAGGCGCUGAGGGCCUCCGAUGGGCCAGGCGCUCAGGACCUCCGAUGGUCCAGAAGCGCAGGGCCUCCGAUGGGCCAGGCGCUCAGGCCCUCAGAUGGGCCAGGCGCUGAGGGCCUCCGGUGGGCCAGGCGCUGCAUCCAGGCAGGGUUAUUUGUAUAG